AUGUGGUCAUGGCAUGGAAAGCGAUAUUUAGGUGCUGCUCAUGGUGUCGCUGGAAUUCUGCAGAUCAUAUUAUCUUGCCCUCUGGACGUGUUGAAUCCAUACAUUUCUGACGUCCUGAACACGAUAGAAUGGCUAGUUGAUUGUCAAGAUGAGGAGGGCAAUUGGCCUGCGAAAGCACCUCGGCAUAGUCAAAUAUCAGGGGACGAAAGCAAUGAAUUGGUCCAGUGGUGCCAUGGUGCAACCGGAAUCGUGAUCUUACUGUCUACGCUUUUGAAAAUGUCGUCGAAAAAACGACAGGUAUUCCACGCUCAUACCCAUCUUCUUAACAAGGCCAUAGCAUCUAUUCACAAAGGCGCCUCUCUUGUCUAUCGUCAUGGAUUCCUUCGAAAAGGUGUCGGUCUUUGUCAUGGAGUUGGUGGCUCCAUUUACGCGUUGCUUUCUGUCUCGGAUGCAUUGGCUUUGUUACAAGGAGAUAGCGAUCACAGGCAUAAUUCUAAGUAUUAUUUCCAGCGAGCUGUUCAUCUUGCCCAUCUUGCUACAUCAUACGAAAAGCUGACCGAGAAUGGGAAGAUGGGGGUACCUGAUCGACCAGGCAGUCUUUACGAGGGAGUAGCUGGGAUGUGCUGUGCGUGGGGAGAAAUAGCGCACCGAAUAGCAGGGAUUAAUGCUGAAGGGGAACAUCCAGCGCAUACUAAUACACAGUCUGUACCCGUUGCCAGCGGAUUUCCUGGCUACGACGAUUUAUAUGAGCAGUCAUCAGAAGAAAUGUGA